UGCCUUGCAAGCUUUUUUGCGAUUUUCUCAUUGUUCUUUAGUAAAUAAAAUACUCGGUACGACGUUAACAUUCUGAAUUUAUGAGUUUUCGGCAUGGAGGCCCAAUACCCGGUACUAAGUGCUAUUAACCCCAUGAAACCUGGGUCAGAAAAAUUCCAAAGAAUUCCGAUUACAACAAAUGUCUUUAAACUUGGCCGCGGGCAUCACAACACAGUUGUUAUACCCAAUAAAUGUCUUUCAAAAGACCACUGUUUAUUCAAAAAGUCGAAGGUCACUGGACCUUAGAAAACUGCAGCUACUCCAGUAUUAAAGUCAACGAUAACAAGCUACGCAAAGGCGAAGCACACACUCUCACCGACCAAGAUAUAAUUAAGCUUGAAUCGUCAAAUGAGUUGGUUUACAAAUUUACAUCAAAUAUCAAAAGUUCAAAGCGCAAGCGACGCAAAAAUGAUGAAAAUAAGAAAUCCGAGUCACCAAGAAGGACGUCACGUUUAGUUCUUGUAACGAAAAAUGAAAAACACAUGUCUGGUGAUGUAAAUAAGAGUUUAGAUGAUACGCUGAAAUUAAAGGAGCAGAUAUUAUCAGAACAGAGUAACAAAGAGAAAGAGAUAUAUGAUGACUAUGCUGUUCGUAUGGAGAGACUGAAAGGGUCUAAAAAGAAUGUCAAGAACCAGAAGGCUUUGCUUAAAAUGCGGAGGAAUAAACAGCUGGAACUUAAUCGAAUGGAAACGGAAGAUAGAAUAGCUUCCAUGAUGGCACAACAAGACGAAGCAACAGAGCCCAAGCAUUCCAAAGACAAACCGAGACAUGGGCAAGGAGACCAGGGCGAGGACAGGCGAGAGCAGGACAGGGCGCGUGCGAAAGAGAGGAGGGAACUCAAGAAACUGCGCAGGGAGACUCGGAGGCUGAAGCUUGAUAAAGAGAAAAAGCUAAAAGAGCUUGAAAAGCAGAAGCAACGCAGAGAGAAGGAACUACAGAGCGAGUUAGACAAGGUCAACAAAAAACUGGCGAAAGAGAAGGAACUACAUGAGAAAGAGAGGAGGCGAGCGGAGCAACUGCUCGAUCAAAAGAAGGCGGCGCUUAAAAAGGUCCCUCCAACCUCGAGUGACUCCAAGCUGGACAUGGAAUCAGAACUGCAGUGCAGCAUAUGUUCGGAGCUCUUCGUCCGAGCGACCACUCUCGGCUGCUCGCAUAGUUUCUGCCGCUAUUGCAUACGGAAAUGGACUGCUAACAAGAAGGAGUGCCCUAUAUGCAGAGCGGCCAUUACAUCGGAGUGCAGGAGUAUAGUGUUGGACUCGCUGGUGGACAAAAUGGCCGACACCGCAGACGCCAGGAAGAAACGACAGGAACUCGUCAAAUCUAGAGAUGAGCUGGAGGCUAAGGAAAAAACAACCACGACCAUAGAUAAUGAAACUCAGAGGUACCUCUUCGACCCAGAUUUCAUUCGACGUUUUCUCGAAGACGAGAAUUCCAACGAGUCCGAAUCGAGUUACCACGGCCGAGAAUCCUCUCUCGAGCCAGAUUUCGACAUGCUCGUACCCAUGGAUACGGACUCCAGCGUUGAGCCUUCCAGCUUUGACUCGGAUGAUUACUCGAACGAGAACGAGAAUUAUGACGAGAAUGACUAUGAAGGGAACUCGGGGAGUGAUCGAGAAAAUGAGUAUGAUGAAGCUCCAGAAGAAGAUCACGACAACUCGGAGAAUUACGGGCAGGACGAAGAAGGCGAGAACUCUGAGAAUUAUGAGGAAGGUGAGAAUUCUCAGACAGACAACGAAGAUCAGGAGGAGAAUCCAGAAUGUCAUGAAGGUGGAGAAUCUGACAAUUACGAGGAAGGAGAACCCGAGGGGGAUGAAGGCGAGAAUUCAGCUUCCGAGAAUUACGAGGAACCAGAUAUCGAUGAAGGCGAGAACACUGAGCCCGAGAAUUAUGAAGAAGGCGAAGGUACAGAGCCUGAGAAUUAUGAUGAAGGCGAGAAUUCUGGGUCCGAAAAUUACGAUGAAGGUGAAGUUACAGAGCCCGAGAAUUAUGAUGAAGGCGAGAAUACGGAGCCCGAGAAUUAUGAUGAAGGCGAGAAUACGGAACCCGAGAAUUACGAUGAAGGCGAGAAUUCUCCUGGCGAUUAUUCUGCUCCCGAGUACGAUGGAGAUUCAUACGCGGACGAUGGCGAUGAUGAUUAUUAUUAAUAAAAAUAAAUAGAAAUAAAAGUGUUAAUGUCACAAGAGA